GUUCUCUUCUCCUCUUUUGCUACUCUAAAUUCCUCCUCUUCCAUUACACACUCUUCUCUACAAUCCUAACAUGUAUGCAAAUAGAACCCAUCAACAUAACCCUUUAAUCUCCAUUCCAAUUCUGAUAAUUUCGCUUAUCUCAUUGGACAGAAGUCAAGCUUGGAAGCACAUAAUUCAAACUCCAAUAGCCUAUAUCAUAUGGAGGCAGCAGUUGCUCAAGUGGGUCAGAAAAGAAAUCGAAAAGGGGUUGCAAAAAAUGGAGAGGCUGUUAAUUCUGGUGGUGGUGUUGAAUCAGAUCAUGAUGUACAUAUCUUGACCGAGAGAGAGAGAAGGAAGAAGAUGAGGAACAUGUUCUCUAGCCUUCAUGCUUUGCUUCCUCAACUCCCUGCUAAGGCAGACAAGUCCACCAUUGUUGAUGAAGCAGUAAAAUACAUUAAGACCCUCCAGGAAAUUCUCCAAACGCUAGAGAAACAACGGGAAGAAAAGCUCCAAGGAGUAACAAUUGUUGACAGUGAACGAUCAGUUAUCACAUCACAUACACAACCACUUGAAUCCAGGGAAGCUUUUCUGGCUACUCAGGGACCAUCAAAGAGUUUCACUAUGGCUACAAACAUGCCUCAUUCGUUUCCUCUUUCUCUUUCUCCAUGUUGCUUCCAGACAUGGUUUUCGCCAAAUGUUGUAAUGAACAUGUGUGGUGAUAAUGCACAGAUUAGUGUGUGUUCAGUGAAGAGGCCUGGGUUACUUACCAGAAUCUUCUAUAUCCUAGAGAAGCAUAAAUUGGAUGUUGUGUCUGCUCAUAUUUCCUCAGAUCAAUUCCGUAGCAUUUACAUGAUUCAUGUUCAUGCUGGUGGGGCUUCUGGUCAGUAUCCAGAGGCAUUGUCAGUGGAAGAUACAUUCAAGCUAGCAGCAGGAGAGAUGAACUUAUGGCUAUUGUCAUGUUGAUUCCAGGCAAUCAACGGAGAAGAAAUCCUCCAGGCAUCUGCCUUUUUUGUAGAAGGGUUGUCUCGUGCUGAAGACAAGAAUUAAUAGAGCUACCAUGCUGUACUUGGAGGCUUGGAUAGUUUAUAUUCAUCCAGAGAACAUAAUGUUCUAAUUAACUCACUUAAGCCAUGUGUAGAAAAAUGCAUAAUAUUUCUGCAAUAAUGAGACAUAAACAAAAUGAAAUCAAGUGUAUAUAUACAUAAGAGUUCAAAGAGUUAAUGGAAGUUCAAUUAUCUUAUAAAUA